AUGCACAAAGUGGAGAGCUCAAAGAUUCCUGAAGCCGCUGACCGUUUAUUCGUCCGUCUAGCGGAUGGUCUUUGCCCUCGAGACGAAGGAGAAAGUGACCACAAGGAUUCGGACUGGAAGCGCGAUCUUCGAUUCAUCGUUCCAGUUGGCGCGUGCGUCUUCGUGCUUGGAUGUGCUGGGUUAGUCUACCUUUUACGAAGACACAAGAAGGAGUCUGCCAAAAAAAACGAGACAGCAGAAACUCCAAAGGAGGAGGACAAGCAGGAUCCUUCCAGUCUACCGUACGUGCUCUCCGCUCACCCAGUAUGA